CUUGCACAAUUGGUGGCUGACUAAAUACUUUUUUGCCCCACCGUAUGUGAGGUAUUCUGACAUUUUUGAGGACCACUUUUGGCCCUGGGGCCUACUUUCAGAACUACUGGCUGAAAAGUAUACAGAAGUACCUGAUAAUCCCUUUAACUGUCUUGAAUUAGCUUCAUGUCUCAGGUAAAGUCACUGCUCAGGGACUUUGCUUUUUAAUGGUUGAAUAAGAUGAGAGAGAAAAAAGAAGGAACCCGCCGCACUGCUCUUGGUAGUAUCACUGCUCUUGGUAGUAUCACUGCUCUUGGUAGUAUCACUGCUCUUGGUAGUAUCACUGCUCUUGGUAGUAUCACUGCUCUUUAGUAAGCUUUACAUUUCGGCCUCACGGCCUUCCUCAGAGCUUUAAGGGAAAUAUGUUUUAUAUAUUUGUAUAUAGGAGCUUGCAUUUCACUGUGCCAUUUACACCCACUGUAUUCUGUGUACGUGAUUCAUAAACGUUUGAUUUGAUUUAUAGUAGACUACACUGCACAAGUAUAUAAAGGUAUUUUCAUAUAUUUUUUAAGCUUUUAAUAUUUCUACAUCUUUAUCCCUACACAAACACAUGUAUCUGAUCCAUUCAUUCAUGCAUGAAAUCCUUCAUUUCAUUGAAUUAAGAAAAACAGUCAUUAUGAGAUUAUUGUGGUCACAGGUCACAACGUGCAGUCACCAUCAUCAUCAUAUUGGACGGACUUAUUUUAGUCUAAACCUGACUGAUGCAUUGAGAACAAACAUUUAUUUCUCAGGAAACGAUAUUCAGUCUUUGGAGAAGACUGUUUAAACCUUAGCUCGUGUUUUCUGUUGUCCUACACCCUCCCUCCGCCUGGGAGCACCGCAGCAGAGUGGGCACCGGUUACUCUGGUGACGUGUAAAUAGCUAUGAUACCAGGAAGUGUGAACUAGGGAAGCAAAAUAGUUUGGGUAAAUUGAUUAUUUUCACUCGUUAUCAAGGAAUAUAAUUUAUUCUGUAGUGAAUAGGUGUAUACUCUAGUUGUGUAACAUAUUACCAGCCGUCUAGUGAGCUACCAUGGGACGACAUGGGGGCGUUGGUUUAGCGGUUUUCGUACUCGUGCUGGCCUUUUGCGAGGCAAGAAGACACAAACUCGCCCUAAAGAAUGACUCUAGGUUUGUGGUUCAUCUCAACACCUUUGGUUUCUUUGCCAACGGAACCCUGGACGUCAACGUUCUCUCCCUGAGACUGCCCGAGGACAAUAGCAAGCACCCUGUGAGAACAACUGAUGUGGGAUUCAGUCUCUCCAAGUCUCGUGUUAAUGGAGUGCUGUCCUACACAGCGGAGGAGACGGAGGUGUGUCCGCUCAGCAAACACAGCGGUGUUGAGCCCCUCUUCCUCUUCCUCAUUGACACCAACAACCUCAGAGUCCAUGUGAGGUCUUUUGGAGAUCAGGACAGCGCCUUGACCCAGCCGAAGACAGACAAGACACUCACUGAAGAGUCAGGUUCCAGGAGAAGAAGAGCAACUGUCAAUGACUUGAAAGUGACAGUACAGAAGAGUAAUGUGGAGGAGAAGAAGAAAGAUGUAGUGCUGAAGGAGGAGGGGACGGAGGAGGAAAAGAAGAAAGAUGUUAUGCUGAAAGAGGAAGGGACGAAGGAGGAAAAGAAGAAAGAUGUUGUGCUGAAGGAGGAGGGGACGGAGGAGGAAAAGAAGAAAGAUGUUGUGCUGAAAGAGGAGGGGACGAAGGAGGAAAAGAAGCCAGAACUCAAGGAGGAAAAAAUGGGGCGGAUCAAUGGGCUGACUCUGGAUGUACAGAAAAUCAAUGGCUCCUACAGCUUCAGCUUCCACAUGGUGAUUGGCCAAUUGGAUGAGGGCCUGUACAACCUCAACUUCCACUACUGUGAGAACAUUCUGCCAGGCAACAACCGCCCCUACACUCUCAACGUGGAGGUGACAGAGAAGAACCCAGGAGGUUACCUGUCAGCAGCAGAGAUCCCUCUCCCUCGUCUCUACAUCUUCAUGGCUGGAGUUUUCUUCAUUAUAGCCAUGGUCUGGGUUUACACACUGCUGAAGCACAGGUACAGUGUGUUUAAGAUCCACUGGCUGAUGGCAGCUCUGGCCUUCACCAAGUCCAUCUCCCUGGUUUUCCACAGCAUCAACUACCACUUCAUCAACACGGAGGGACAUCCCAUAGAAGGAUGGGCUGUCAUGUACUACAUCACACACCUGUUGAAGGGGGCUCUGCUGUUCAUCACUCUGGCGUUGAUUGGUACUGGCUGGGCCUUCGUUAAAUACAUCCUGUCAGACAAGGAGAAGAAGAUCUUCAUGAUCGUCAUCCCUCUACAGGUUCUGGCCAACGUAGCCUACAUCAUAAUAGAGUCUACAGAGGAGGGCUCGAGUGAGUACGCCCUGUGGAAGGAGGUUCUGUUCCUGGUUGACCUCAUCUGCUGUGGAGCUAUCCUCUUCCCUGUUAUAUGGUCUAUUCGUCACCUACAAGAGGCUUCCAGCACUGAUGGGAAAGCUGCCAUGAACCUGGAGAAACUCAAACUAUUCAGACAUUACUACGUCAUGAUAGUGUGUUAUAUCUACUUCACGAGGAUCAUCGCCAUCCUGCUGAAGGUGACGGUGCCUUUCCAGUGGCAGUGGUGUUACGAGUUCCUAGUGGAGGUGUCGACUCUGAUCUUCUUUGUGUUGACGGGGUAUAAGUUCCGCCCGGCGUCCAACAACCCCUACCUCCAGCUGCCCCUGGACGAGGAGGACGUGGAGAUGGAUGAAGUGUAAGAGACUGUUGUUGUU